AUGAGCGAGCCGAUUAAAGAAUAUCGAUUAAAUACAGUGACUUAUGGUCAAGCUAGUGCUUCCUAUUUGGCUAUUCGAAGCGUGCGUCAAUUGGCUGAGGAAAACAGAGACGUUUUUCCAUUAGCCGCCAAAUGCGUUUUAAACGAUAUAUAUGUUGACGAUAUUAUUAGUGGUGCCUCAUCCAUGGAGGAGGCUAGAGAGCUAAAAGAACAACUAAUCCUUUUAAUGAGCAAGGCAUGCUUCCGCGUACACAAGUGGCAUUCCAACGUCUCAGAGGUGAUGCACGGUUCAAACGAGGAGGAGAAUCGAGAAAUAGUAAGUCUGAGAUUCAACGAUACCAUACGGACGCUGGGUUUAGUCUGGGAACCAAGCGCCGACGACUUUCUGUUUACGGUCAAUUUUCACAAACGAAUUCGCACUAAAAGGGAAUUAUUAUCUGAAAUCAGCAAGCUAUUCGAUCCUUUGGGGUUAUUGGGUCCCAUCGUAACGUUGGCCAAGAUAUUGAUGCAAGAGACAUGGAAGGCAGAAGUUGACUGGGAUUCCCAGCUACCUGAUGACAUAUUACAUAAGUGGGAAAGGUUUCAAGGCGAGCUAUCAAGUUCUACAUUCUUUCGCAUACCACGUAGAAUUUCUAGUCAGCCUAUUUCACAGGAAGUGAUGCUUUAUGGUUUCUGCGAUGCUUCUCAGGAUGCUUAUGGCGUUUGUUUGUACGUCCAGGUUUGUGAUGAGGGUGAGCAUAUGGCACGACUACUAUGUUCCAAAUCUCGCGUAGCUCCUCUUAAAACUAUCUCUAUUCCACGUUUGGAGCUGUGCAGCGCAUUACUAUUAGUGCGUUUGUUUAACCAAGUCAAACAAACCUGUAAAGUCGACUUUCGCAGAGUAGCCGUUUACACAGACUCGUUAGUCACUUUAUAUUGGAUCCGGGGGAAUCCAUCUCGUUGGAAGCCAUUCGUGGCUAACAGAGUUUCCGAAUUAACUGACAUUUUACCAGCAGAAAUGUGGGAUCACGUAAGAAGCGAAGAUAAUCCCGCAGAUUUGUUAUCGAGAGGAUCAUAUCCUACCAUACUUCAAGCUUGUAAUUUGUGGUGGGAAGGCCCUUCAUGGAUAUCGAACGCUUCCAAGGAUAUCCAACCUCAAUCAAGCAGUCUAGAGGAACAGUUUGUGGAAACAGAGGAGAUCAAGUCGGAGGAAAGACAUACUCGCAUUCCUGUUUGUCACGCCAGAAUGCCCGAUUCUAUUUUUCAAAAUUUAUUUUCUCGCUUUUCCGAUUUGAGUAAACUGGAAAGGAUUCUAGCAUACUGCCUGCGCUUUGUAUCUCGCUGCCGAUCAAAAUUAAAAGGGAUACACGAUCUUUUAACCAUCGAAGAAAUUGAGCUCGCAAGAUUUCAUCUUCUCAAGAACGCUCAAGCUGAUAAUUUUCGGGAGGAAACGUUAGCUCUUCUACAAGCCCAAUGUGUAAAGCCCUCCAGUAGGUUAUCAUCCUUGCACCCGUUCUUGGAUGGACAAGGCUUGCUUCGAGUGGGAGGUCGUCUGCGGCAUGCCCCCUUAUCCUUUGCGCAGAAACAUCCUAUUUUACUACCAGCCAAUCACGUUUUAACUAAUAUGCUGAUCGAACGAGAACAUAGACGACUUCUGCAUGCUGGUCCUCAAGCUCUUCUAGCCGCUAUUCGCCAAAAGUAUUGGCCCUUACGUGGUAAGGACAUCGUUCGAAGGAUUUGUCACGCCUGUGUGUGGUGUUCACGACGAAGACCUCGUGCUUCCUCUCAACUGAUGGGUGAUUUAUCGGCUGACCGCGUCACGCCUACUCGACCCUUUCCCAAUUGUGGUGUAGAUUUUGCAGGUCCACUCAUUACCUUGUUAAACAAAGGUAGAGGAUGCAAAACCGCCAAGAGUUAUAUCGCCUUGUUCGUCUGUUUCGCUACCAAGGCUAUACACCUGGAGGCGGUCAGUGAUUUGAGUACCGCUGCCUUUUUGGCCGCCUUACGCCGUUUCAUAGGCCGAAGAGGUUGCCCGCGAAAAAUAUAUAGUGACAAUGCUACAAAUUUUAAGGGUGCUCAACGAGAGCUCAGAGAAGCCUGCACGUUUUUUCAGCAUCAAAUCAAUGGACCUUUGCAUAAUCAAUUGCUCGAAGAAGGCAUCCAAUGGAUUUUCAUUCCGCCCUAUUCUCCGCAUUGGGGUGGCCUUUGGGAGGCCGGCGUGAAAUCUUGCAAGAACCUUUUACGCACUAUCAUAGGGAACUCUAGUUUCACUUUCGAAGAACUGUGCACCGCUCUCGCACAAGUGGAGCGUUGUUUAAAUUCACGUCCUUUGUACGCCCUGUCUAGUGACCCGUCUGAUUUGGAGCCUCUUACUCCCGGUCACUUCCUCGUAGGAGGUCCUCUUAAUUCCUUGAUCGAGAUUGACCUCCAAGACGUUAAUCUUCAUCGCCUCGAUCGUUGGCAGCUGGUCCAGAGAUCCGUUCAAGAUCUUUGGAAACGGUGGGCGGCGGAAUAUAUUAGCUCUUUACAAGGCCGCUCCAAAUGGCAGAGAACGCAGCAAGAUCUUCAGAUAAACGAUUUAGUUAUUAUUAAGGAAGAUCACCUCCCUCCUUAUCAGUGGAAAUUGGGUAGAAUUAUUGAAUUGCAUCGAGGGAAGGAUGAUCUCGUUAGAUUAGUCUCCAUCAAAACUGCUAGCGGAACCAUUCAACGACAUAUCAAUAAGAUUUGUAAGUUGCCUGUCACGAAUACGUAA